GCUGAAGGCGCGCGCGCUUGCCCUCCCUUGAGGCGGCGGCCCACCUGCCAAAGGGCCCCCUCCGCCGGAGGCAGCCGGUCUCCCGCGCCCGCCCCUCGGCCGCAAAGCCAAACUUCCUGCCCGGGCGGCGUGGGGGCGGCCGCGUCUGCGCUCCCUGCCCGAGCCGGCCCCGGCCCAGCCGUUCCGCCCCCCGCCGGUUGCAGCAUUCCUGUUUUAUGCUGUGCGGAGGGGAAGCCAGCGCCCAUGAGGGAGUACAAAGUCGUGGUUUUAGGGAGUGGGGGGGUGGGUAAGUCAGCCUUGACCGUGCAGUUUGUCACGGGGACGUUCAUCGAGAAGUACGAUCCUACCAUCGAAGAUUUCUAUCGCAAGGAGAUCGAAGUGGAUUGUUCCCCAUCAGUACUUGAAAUCUUGGACACCGCAGGGACAGAACAGUUUGCUUCGAUGCGAGAUCUCUAUAUUAAAAAUGGCCAAGGCUUCAUCUUAGUUUACAGCUUGGUAAACCAACAGUCUUUCCAGGACAUCAAGCCAAUGAGGGACCAAAUUGUCCGUGUGAAGAGGUAUGAAAAGGUUCCUCUCAUCCUCGUGGGGAAUAAAGUUGACCUGGAGUCGGAGCGGGAGGUGUUGUCAGCAGAAGGCCGGGCACUGGCUCAGGAGUGGGGCUGCCCCUUCAUGGAGACCUCAGCCAAGAGCAAGACCAUGGUGGACGAACUGUUUGCAGAGAUCGUGAGGCAAAUGAACUAUGCAUCCCUGCCGGAAAAGCAAGACCAGUGUUGUACCACUUGUGUUGUCCAGUGAGACAGAAAGCGAAACCUCAAUCAUGGCCAUACAGAGCAGAUAAAACUCAGAGGAAAUUUGCACAGAUGCUGCUCUGGAGAACCCUUUUCAGCCCAGGCUGCCGACCUGAGCCUGUUAUGUCCUGUGUGUCUUUAGAGCACUUUCUAGGCAUCGAGUGCAAAAGACAAAGUCCGCGGCGACUGGAGACCCAUCGGCCUGCAACAGAAACGCUUAGCAUGUUUACCAUACAUACGUUUUGGAAUCUUUAUCUCUUGGUCCUCUCCUGGUUUUUAUAGCUUUCUAAGUUCCUAUUAAUGGCUAAUAUGCAAGAGUUUGUUUUUUUAAUAUUUUGAUUUCUUUUAAUUGACUUCCAAAACUUGUAUUUAUUAAACUUUAAACUCAGUAUUACCUACUCAAUGCCUUUUUAAGAGAAAAUUUUAAUGGAGAAUAAAGUGAGCCUUAAACAAAUGGUUACUUCUGUAUAUUACCUCACAUCCUCACUUGAUUUGCAAAAAAAGUUCCUCUCCCGCAAAAUGUCUUUGGUUGAAAUGUUGAGCCAUUCUGUUUAUGUGUGAUGGUGUCAUAGAAAGAUGCUUAAGAGCCAUCUUGCGUUGCCGGGAUAGAGCGCCCCCUUUCACAGCACUGUUGUGGAAUGCGAAUGGCCUGAUGCGGUGACGGGAAGCUGUUGGACAGGGACUGGAGGUGCCCCAGGAACUGUGUGUACUCUCUUACUCCACGGCAUUCGGAAUUUGGGUUUUGUUUUGUUAACUGAUUGUGUUGAAAAUCACCAGUACAUCUCCUUACUCUGUUUAACUUCUGGUUCUCAAUCUGCUUUUUCUUGGAAGGGGGUCCUGUAAUCCCUUACAGGGUGUUAUGUUUUGAAGCAAAAGCUCACCUGGUUUUGCCCGGCAGGAUUCACAAUGACCAUCUGGUGGACCUCUGCACAUGUAAAUCAAAUGCAAAUAAAAGCAACUUUACAUUUUCUAGCUCUUAAAUAUUAUUUCUCUCUCAGUAUUUUGAAGCAAUAUCUGUUCGCUUUCUUCGGUAUCCCGACGUGCUGCUUUCUUGCUUGCUCUCUUCGGUUUGCCGAGAACUGAGCAUUAGUUGGCAUGACCGGGGGGUGGGUAGCGCAAGCACCGGCUCCCUGUGUGAAUGCCUUGCACUGCCUUCUGCAGUGUUUACCUGGUGUGAACUGUUUUGUCUGGAUACUUGAAGUCUUUGGGCAACGCAGGUAUUGAGCAGAAUGAAGAGUAUAUAAGCAGUUAACGGUUCUGAGUUUAUUAACACAACGGGUGCUUACAGUGGGCGGCUGCAGGAGAAUUCCUGGCAGUGGGUUGAGAAAUCCCCUUUCGCUCUCCCUCGGCUUGAGUAACUGCAGCUUCUUCAGCUGCCCCAAAGUUGUUGGUUUUAAGAGCCCAGUGUUAAGUCCUUUGAACAUAUUGCGAACUGAUACUGGUUUGCCCGGUGGCAGCCGAGGAUUUAUUCACCGUUUGCUUGCAAAUUAAGUACUGAUCUGAGGUGAAGCGACUGUAGAACCGCACCAGUCUGCUGCCGUGUUCCUCUGGCUUGCAUCCUACCAAGAAGAAUGGAACUUACUUUAAAGGGGGUUCCCUGAAAUUAAGUUAGGUUUGCACUUUAAUAGACUUCAAACUAAAGACUGUUUGCAAAAUAUAUUUACAUGGGGAUGUGCCAAGGGAACGUGCGAUCCAAAUGGCACCGCUUCUCGUUCCGAGGUGAAGCAGGCAGAAGAGCUGUCUUGCCAUUUGAUGCUUCUGUUCAUUGACCUUUUCACUAAGUUUCAUGUUUUAAUUGCUGUCAGCCACUGGCAUGCUCACAGGAAAGGCAAGAACUGGUAUCCAAUUCGGGUGUCUUCAGUGCAGCUUGGAAUAAAGGACCAAAGCUCAGCAGAGGCUGCGAGGAGUAGGUAGGAGCAGAGGCAGCCCUGGCCUUGCGCAGGUGCUCUCCUAGGCACGUGGCUCGGCAUGAGUUGAGCUGUGUGGAUUCCACCUUGUCUGUAGGGCUGGACUGGGGGGAAAGUGGCUGACUGGCUGGGUGUCCUCCCGUUUGAAAUCCCUGCAGCAAGGGCUCUUCAAAGUCUGGUUCCUCCCUGUUCAUACCAGGUUGUUACUCCCUUGUCGAAUCAGGGUGGAGGGGGAGAAGAGCGUGGUUCCAGAGGUAUCCUCUCUCUCAGAAUCGGAUAUCCCUUUCUCCUGGGGCAAAAGGGAGGCCAGGCCUUGUCCUUCCACCCCCGCCCAGGGGAGCAAUUGCGCAGGGUCCGUGAAUGCAGCUGUUGAUCAGGUGGGAAACUGUCUAGGGUGCAAAUGUAAUCCGUGUGGACGCAGCUAACAGCCCUGGCAGGCCUGAGAAGUACCUAAAAUUAAACCUAAAUGUAUAAUGUACUGUACCUUUUACUGGGGAAAAGCAAAAUCUGGACAGUUAGCAAAUGGAAAGCUAGGAUGAUCUAAUGCUUUGUAAACUUAAAAACCACCUCUCCCCCCUCUGCCCGAUUUCAUUCAUUCUUAAUUUUGUAAGACUACCCUGCAGUUCACCUGUUUGUAACUUUUUUAAUAAAAUAGAUACCUGUAUUACCAAA